AUGGCGGUUAUUUCUCCAAGUCUCAUUGGAUGGCUCCUAUUUGGAUAGCCCAACCAUAUUUUUCUUCAGCACGCAGGAACCCCUGUAGAGACUAUUCCCGACUUUGCACCUUAGGUAUCGAAUGCGGCAUGAAGGUGAAGCUGAAAAGUCUUUAAUUACAGCAGCUUGGGGAAAAUCUGGAAUCAAUGGAUUUUGGAGCAUCGUCAACCGAUAUCCUCAGCUGCGAUAUUUCCGCAUCUAGUCAAGCGUCACAAAUUGCACAGUGCCUCGAAAACUUGGAAUCUUCAGCAGCCGGUGUUUCGGGAGGCACUCCUGCGGCAGGCACUCAAAAUGGCAGCCUUCAUAUUUCAUCUAUACCGACUUGGCUUUCCAAUGGAAUGUUGGGCACUACAAGCACGUCCGAUACCCAGUCAACCGGUGCGUUGCCUCCGGUAUCGGAGCUUCGGCCGGGUGGGCCUCGUGCCGGAGGUGGUUUGCAGCUGUGGGCACUUCUAGCGCAGAUGACGAACAAUCAGACAGGUCCAGAGUCGCCUAGAGAGUCCGCGGAGAAGCAUAUUGAUGACAUGCAAGCCUGCACAAGUCAAAAUGUUGAAACAUACCAUAUUGACAGCGCUAAAAUGCAGGACAUCAAUGAACAAUCUCAUCACCAUGGUUACCAAACGGAAGCCACAUAUUCUUAUUGCGACAUCCAGAGGUCAAGCAUCUCUCCUGAUGAAUCGCUGCCACCCCUUGGAAUUGAUGUUCAGCAGAUGGCACAUACAGAAACAGUGCUUGAUGUAGACAAUAUGACAUCAGCUUACCAGCAAUACUCAUGCAUUCCACUCUUAAACAUUCCAAAUAGCAGUGUUUCAUCUGAACAGCCAUCUUCAUUAAAUGGGUUAUUGGAUGACGCACUUUAUUGUACUGCUAAGUCAAAUUGUAGCAUUCCAUGCCCACAGCAGGUGCAGACAGCUCAAGAAGAAAGGCAAAUUGACAGCCCAUUAAAAGCACCCAGUUUUACAAACUCUAGUGAUAUGACUAGUAUGCAGCAUAUAGUACUUAAGCCAUCCGUCUCUGACACACAAAGGAUACUUACGACUGAGGCAGUCGCAAGCCUUAUAGGUGACUCACUGAAUAAAACUGGAAGAUUAGUCCCUUCUCCAGCCUCUACAUCCCCAAAGUUACCUCAGCCUGUUGCUUCUCACGACACAGACAGUAGCAGAAAAAAAGGUCUUAAUCAAACUUCCAUGCCAAAGAAUACACAAAAUGAACAAGUUGCACGGAAAGCUGCCAAGAAGAAUUUUUCUGCUGCAAACCUCAUUGAACAGGUUGUCUGCUAUCGUUGCAAGGUUUGCAUGUUUCUUCAUGAAUCAAAAACUGAAGCCCUUAGACAUGCAGAGUUCCAUCGUCAAGGUAACAAGCCAUCUGUCUCUGCUAUGCAGAGAAAGUCUAUUCAACAGGGCUUUCAACAACCUGUUAAUCGUGCAGAGAAGCGGUUUCUUUGCGGCAAGUGCCGCCGUGGCUUUUUCACGCUUGAUGAUUGUUGUCGUCACUUAAGUCAAGCCCACCAAGCAAAGUCCAAAAAGAUACGCUUGGAGUGGAUCUACACCAACCAGCCAGACCAGAUGCGAGCUUCCACUCCAGCUGAAGAAGUGUCAUUAUUUGAGCCUGUACCCACCCAAGAUAGUGCCCCAAAACAGCCUGCACAAGCAUUGCCGGAGUUCAGAGCUGGGCCGCCAUGUCAGGUUGCCAUUGGUUCACUGAAGCAGGCUGUCAAGCCCGUUUGCUCAACACCAAAGAAGAAAGAGCAGUGCCGUAAGACAUUACCAAGCGAGACAAAUGACUCGGCAAUAUCUUCGUCUCAGAUGGCUUGGAGGCAAGAGAUCAACAAGGAACAGGGAAGUUUCAUCUGUGAGCGUAAGGGCUGCAAUGUUCGCUUCCGUGAGCUGGAAAACCUGGAAUAUCAUCUCAAAUGUCAUCGAGCUGAUGCACCUGACUUCGCCUGUCCCGAGUGCUCAGUGGUCUGUCUUCGAUGGCGAACCAUGACUGGUCACCUUUGGAGGCACCACUUGUGUGACAUGGAGCUUCAUCAGUGUGACCAGUGUGACUUCCGUACAUACAGUUUGAGCAAGCUGGAAAACCUGCACAAGCGAACUCAUGGGGAGGAGCGGCCCUUUCUUUGCGAUGUUUGCGGCAAAGGUUUUAAAACAGGGAAGCAGCUUCGAAACCACAAGGCAAUCCACAGGCAAGCUACGGGCCAGUGGUCAGCUGUGGCAGCGGGUCAGGGAAACGGCAACACCAGCUCAUUGCCAGCUGAGGCAUGCUCUGAGUGCGGCAGGUGCUUUCGUGUGCGACGCCUGCUUCAGCUGCAUCGUGACUCUGUUCAUCGAAAACUGCGCCCUUUCCUCUGUUCUUACUGUGGCCACCGAGCAUCAUCACAGAGCUCACUCAAGAUGCACCUCCGCCAGCACACAGGGGAGAAGCCAUUUGCUUGCAACCUGUGUGAAUACCGCACAGGCGACCACAAUUCGCUUCGCAGGCAUAAGAUGCGACACUCUGGUACCAAGCCCUACAAGUGCCCACACUGCCCUUAUGCCUGCAUCCAGUCCAGUACAUUCAAGAGCCACCUGCAUCGCAAGCAUCCAGGUCAAAGUGACAGCCUGCUCUUUGCAUGCCCUCUGUGUUCAUUCCGGACUGUGCGUGAAGACAAUUACAAGGCCCACUUAUCUGAUCAUAGUUCUUCAGAGGCACAGUCGCUAAGUAACGCCUCAGCACCAUGUUCUGCAGAACAGACGGCCAACCUAUCCUCAGCACUCACCUUAGGAGACAUUGUUGGCUUUGCACAGUCUGCUUCAUGAACCACUGCUGCUUUCAAAGUCUCGUAAAUGAAGCUCUUUCACUAGUUUAAAUUGUACUCUGGGGCCUGUUAGUGAAAGAGUAACAUUUAAGAUCAUCCGCUGUGGCAGCUUAGCAGGUAAGGUGUAAUGUGCAAGGACGCAUGUGCGAUUCCUGGUUACGGCAGCCACAUUUCGAUGGGGGUGAAAUGCAAGAGCACUAUUGUGCUUAGAUUUAGGUACACAUCCAAGAACCCCAGGUGGUUGAAAUUAACCCGGAGUCCCUCAAUACGGCGUACCUCAUAACCUUAUCAGGAUUUUGGCAUGUAAAAUCCUAGCAAUUAUUAAUUAUUAUCAUUAGCAUUUAAGAUUCCAGAAUGUUACUGAAAUGAUGGAACACAUCCAACAUAAGUACAUACCACCAUGUCUGCUUAACUCCAGAACAAAGCAGGCGCUGUACGUAUGUGAUGUAUGUUAUCUCCAACACCUUUUGUUACACUGGGCAUCAAGAUGCUAAAGCAACAUGCCUCAGCUCAAUGCAUAGAAGUCAAGCUGUGCAAGUUGUUGAGCUAGGAACAAUAUUUUACACCUCUGUCAUAUGUAAAGGCUGGUUAACAUGGUUGUCAAACUUUGAGAACUAGUCUAAUUUGAGUGUGUGCAGGUAUUUGUCUUUUUUUCUCUCACUUUUGCUCUGUGGUGGGAUGCUGAAAACAUAUGUUGAGAAGGCUGUGCUCAGUUUUAAAGCAUAUUAUUACGAAAGUGAAUCCUUCAGGAAGCUGCACACUCACACACACAGUCAAAUUCCUCAAUAACGAAAUUACUGGGGAAGCGACAUUUGUUUGUUCUCGUGAGAAUUUCUUUGUCACAAAAAUAGGAAAAUACGCACACCAAUUACUUCGCAGACCCAAAAUUUACUCAAAGAAGUCGCCGAUCUUGCUUUGUUUCACGUUGCUUUGAGUGAGCUUGACGGCUGGAGCAUCGCAGCUUAAUAAACCAAACUCAUCUGCAAUAUCUACCUCGCAGAUUUGGCGAUGAUUUUAGACUUCUCCUGAAGCGUCAAGAACUUCCGCUUUUUAAUAGGAGACAUCAUCUUUCCGAAAGGCCAAAAAACACUGUAGGUAAGCAGAUCUCGGUGUGCACAUGGAGAGAUUUGCGACGAAUGUCUAUCGGCAUGACGUCACUUUCGUGGGUGUUGUCACUUGAAACGUCAUACGCGGACGCAGUUUCCACCGGAGGCAUUAGCAAAAAACUGUGCCCAGCGAAAAAAAGAAGUAUUGUUGCUAUCAUCAUCAUCCGACCAAAUGUAAACAGCAAUGGUUGAAACAAUGUUUGUUGGCAGAAGCUUAUGUGCCCAACUUGUCGAAUGAGCGGUGCUGCAAUUUUCGAACUUCUGGCUUCCUUACUAGCUCAUUGGUUGAAAAAAAUGUUGUGGAUCACUACCUGAAACUUUCGUUAUUGCGGGAGUGGUUUUUGAUAGGCUUGUGCUAAUAUUCGAGCCCUUCAAAUAUUCAAAUGAAUAAUACAGUAUUCGAAUUCGCUUCAAUUUGAAUUUAAAUUAUUGGAAAUUUCGAAGUAUUCGAAAUGAAUGAAUAGGUGUAAAUUAGAAUUAGUCCGCUUGUAAACCCCCCCCCCCCGUAAAGGUGGUUUCACUGCAGUAGAGAGUUGCUGUACUGUGAAUACACCUUUUCAGGGAAAAUCAGCACUGCCGCGAAGCCCCACCUCAAGGUUAAAUGAACAUAUUACCCUCACAUCGAUUCUUCAUUUUUUAAGUUUAAAAGCUUGUUAUACUGGCUUAUAUGCUCCAAGUAUGGUAAAUUUUGAAACUUGACAUAUUUUACAGGUUAUCACUUGCAUUUUACCGAAAGCCAAAUCCUGCCACUAUUCAAAGUUGCUUCCAC